AUUAAUUAUCAUCGUAGUUAAUAACUCUCGAAAAUGAAUUCGAUCGUGCUCGCCUUUCUUCUCGUGCUGUUAUUGUUCUCAACCACAAACAAUAAUUUCUGCUCGGCAACUCCAAGACUUCUCGCGCUUAUCAAGCCGAACCCCAUCGUCCUCAAAUACCACAACGGCAAGCUUCUCAAAGGCAACGUCACCGUCAAUUUAAUUUGGUACGGCAAGUUCACCUCACCGCAGAAGUCGAUUCUCGUCGACUUCCUCCAAUCACUCAGCCCUAGCCGCCCCCCGGCGCCCCCCUCCGUCGCGUCGUGGUGGAGCACCACCGCAACCUACAAAGGCGGCCCGUCGAAUAUCCUACUCGGCAAGCAAGUCGUCGAUGAGAAGUACUCCCUUGGGAAAUCUCUCAAGGACGCCCAGAUCACAGCCUUGGCUACCAAGGCUGGACUGGGACCCAGCGCAGUCAACGUCGUCCUGACGUCGGCUGACGUGGCGGUUGAGGACUUCUGCAUGAACACGUGCGGCACCCACGGGUACACUAGUGGCAAGAAACCCGACGACAAGUACGCCUACGCGUGGGUUGGAAACUCCGGGAAGCAGUGCCCGGGGCAGUGCGCGUGGCCGUUCUAUAAGCCGGUUGUGGGGCCGCAGACUCCGCCGUUAGUAGCCCCCAACGGAGACGUCGGGAUUGACGGCAUGGUGAUCAAUCUAGCCACUGUUUUGGCGGGAACCGUUACCAACCCGUUUGACGGUGGGUACUAUCAGGGUGCGGAUAGUACCGCUGGGUUGGAGGCGGUUACUGCCUGCUUAGGGAUAUUCGGGUCGGGUGCGUUCCCGGGUUACCCGGGUAAGGUGGUGGUUGACAAGACGAGCGGGGCUAGCUACAAUGCGCAGGGUGCUAACGGGCGCAGGUAUCUGCUGCCGGCUAUGUGGGACCCAGCCACGUCCACGUGCAAGACACUCGUGUGAAAUUAAUAUAAUCGAAUAAAAUAUUGUGCGUGCAGUGCACGAUGUGGCUCUACAAUUUGGAUUUGUUAAUUUAAUAUUUUCUGGUUGUUUCUGUACGUUGAAGAUUAUACAUGUAAACAUUUUAUAUGAAUUUAUGUUACACGAGAGAAAAGUAGAAUUAGGAUAAUGUAAAAUAAACGUACCUAUGAUUCGUUGAAGUUUUCAGAUCGAGUUGGCCACAAAUUAAGUUGAUUGCUUGGGAA